AUGAGUGAAAUCUGGCACAAUAUUAAAAUAAGCAGCAUUGAAUAAAUAAAUAAAUUGAACUUAUUCUUAUAGUUAGUUAUCGUUUGUUUCGUUCGUUGCCUGUCUAGAGUAUUGAUUAGUCAGAUGCUUUCCAUUUCAAAUUCAAAUUUAUAAAGAUUAUUUAUUUCAUUUUCAAAUACAUUUAUACCAAAUAGCCUUAUAAGCAUACAUCACAUAAUCAAAAUUUUUCAAUCGAAAAGCAAGCGAGUUUGUUACUGUUUAGUUUGCAACAAGUAUUUUAGUGUUCUCAACGAAUAUAUUUUUAGGACAAUAUAUAUUUUAUAUGUUAUUUUGAUACUCAAAAUGACAAUAGCUUUAGUGAUAAUUGAAGUAGUAGUUUGUUUAAACUGCUUUUUUUAAAUUGGUAUUUGCUUGCAAGCUGAAUGA